GUUCGAAUUUAUUUUCAUAACAAAAAAACUGUAGGGGUAAAAAUGAAACUUUUGCCAUUUGAGAGCUUGUACUUUGCUCUUUCCGUCGGUUUCCUCCCGCUCCUCCGCCAAAUCGCCGGCUUUGUCCUCUCUCUCAACUCCAUUAUCUACUGAGAGAAAGAUAGUAGAAAGUCGAUUUAAGAUCAAUUUUUGCUCAAUUAGAACUCUUUGUAUCCAGUGACAUUACCGGAUAUACGAUCACAAUCGAUUUGUAGAAUCUAGUCAAAGUUUCUACAGGUAUAGAUGGGAGUAAUCGAUUUGAUAACAAGAGUAGAUGUAAUAUGCAAGAAGUACGAGAAAUACGACGUCGACAAGCAAAAGGAUGCCACCAACAAUAUCAAUCGGAACGAUGCAUUCGCCGGACUUUACACCGCCAUUGAAUCCGAUCUGAAUCAAGCUGUGGAGAAAUCGGAGGUUGCUGCGGCGGAAAAGAACAGGGCCACGGCGGUGGCGAUGAACGCCGAGAUUCGACGGACGAAAGCUCGGUUACUCGAAGAAAUUCCCAAAUUACAGCGUUUAGCUUUCAAAAAGGUUUACAUGCUCAUAACUUAAAUAUUUAAGGACAUAUACAUCAAUUAUAUAUUUACAUUACUUCUAACUUACAAUUUAGGAAUAAACAAAUUUUACUUUUUAUGGGAACAUUCGUUAUUUGUUUCUUUUUUAUCUUUUCUUUUUAAACGGCUUCCACUAGCACAUAUUAAUUUAAACAUUUUGUAAAUUUCCAA